UGAUGAAGUAGCUAAAGUUCCGACACAAAGACGCGCUUUCUUUCAACACCAUAUUUCAUCUCAACUUGAUUUUUACCAUUACCGACUUUGAUGUAUGGCUUAGAUUUUGGUUUUGAGGUUGUUCGCUAAAGCCUCUACGCGACUUAGUACUUCCAACAUCAUAGUCCGAAAAAGAAAAAGGUCAAGGUGAAACAGGCUAGUUCUAUUUUCACUGUAACCUUACAAAGAUUUACCAGUGACAGCACAGUAGUAGAAGGCGCCGCCCUGGUACUACUUGGCCUAGUACAAGAACUUGGCACGACCCGACGAGAGUAGUAGAGAAAGCGACGUAGAGAUAGAGGAACUACAGCAGGGAGUACGAACUUGUCAAAGCCAAGAAAAUGGAUUCAACAACGACUCCCUUGUCCGUUCUUGUUGACGGCGCAGCCGCUGUUUCUCCAUCUCCUGCUCCGUCAGGGGGUUGUACACAGCAGAAUAGCUGCGACAGAAGUUCUACUUGCGACGACAUUUCUCAUCCAAUGACGGAGUUUUCAACGGGAGGAAGAUCCGCAACUACAUCAAGACAAACUAGCGACAGCGAAGCGAGGAUACAACAACCUGCGGAAAUAAGAAAAACCUUCGAAGGUGGCUGUAGUACAAUUUCUAAUGCCCCGAGCUUACAUCCCGGCCGACGAACUCCGUCUGCAGUGGCGCAGCGACGAACCUGUCAUGCGAAGAAAUCUUCGGGACGAAGGCAAGAUCAAGAACGCAGUACAAAAGUCGCUGUUUUUAUGCCAGUAAAAAAUAAACGACGCCACCGACCACGCAGCCUCACGACGUCCUCGCAGAGGAGCCGACUUUCAGGGAACAAGGUGAGUUCCUUUUCCUCAUAUCACACAAAAAACGGAAAAACAACAACAAUGAGAAGUCGACUUUAUUUCCUUACCGGUCUACUUUCCGCAUCCACUUUUCUCCUCCAUUCCGUCCACGCGAUUAUUGGGCACAACCGCCAGAACGCACAGCAGCCUCCCCGGCCAGUUCCGACCACCACGGCGAGCCCGCCGCCGGGUGUGGUACAACCGCAAGGUGGUGGCGUUCCUUUGGGCGGUGGUGCUGGUGGUGGAAUGAAUUUGGGUAGUGGAGUUGGCGGAGGACAGGGACAGCAGCAGCAACAACCUACAAUGCUGCAGCAAGGCCAAGGACAGCAGCAGAUGCCACCCCAGAUGAAUCUUCAGCCGGGAGGAGUAGGACAACCGCCGUCAGGAGGCAUCAAUCCGGGAAUGGCUGCUCCUGGUGGGUCGUACUAUCCGAAUAUUAACAAUCCGAAUUAUGUCGGAAGUGGUGGGAUUCCUCCGCCAGCAGGCGGAGUACAGCAGCAACCUGUUGGAGGUGCGGGAAUGAUUCCAGGAGUGGGCGCCAACCAGAUUCCGAUGCAGCAGCAACAGCAGCUGUACAACAAUAAUUACCAGCAGCAACAGCAGAACCCUCCCCCUGACAUGAUUCCCCCGCAAGGGCAACCGCAGCAACAGAUGCCCAAUCCCAUUGGAGGGGCAGGAGCUGUUGGGCAACAGCAGUUACAGUACAACUACCAGCAGCAACAAGAGCAGCUACAGGGCGCAGCUGGAGCUGCCGGCGCUAUACCAACUCAGCAGUUGUAUCAACAGCAGGACCCCGCAGCUAGUAUACCAGGGGUGAAUGACGCUGCUGGCGGUGGAAAUGUUCCUCCAACGGGGAACAACGUCGAGCACAUUGAGCAAAUGCAACACCAAGACCAGAUGAUGCAGCAACAACAGGAACAGCAGCACCACCAACAAGGUGAGCUGCUGCAAAACCAAGUCCAGGCCGCCACUGGACAGCAGCAAGACACGAUUUACGAUCCCGCAGCGAUUCCACCUCCUGCGGGUGGUAUUCCUAGCGCUCCUGCAGUUGAUCCGGCUACUGGCAUGCCGAUCGCAGCAGGUGGAGCAGUUCCUCCGUCGGAUCAGGUACUUCCCCCGACAACUUCUACGCAUGAGAAUUCUGUGGGAGCAGGCCAACAACAAGGUGGCUAUCCGGAGCAGUUUGUGGACCCGGCAACCAUCGUGCGGGAACAGCAGCAACAGCAGGCUGCGGCAUCUUCUGGGCAACAGCAGGAGCUCGAGCUGCUGAGCGAAGAUGCGAUUAUGCAGCAGCAGCUGGAAAAACAACAGCAACAGGUCUUGCUACAGCAACAACAGGGCGGGUUGAGUCCUCAAACAACCACGGCUUCUGGGGGGCCACCUGUUCUUGCAGGCCAGCCGCAGCAGCACGCAGGUGAACAAAUGAACCUCCAACAUCAAGGAGCUCCCGCACAUCAACAGCAGGACUCUGCUUACCAAGAACAGCAGCAGCAAGCCACACCCGCAGGCACGGAAAAUCUUCACAGCAGCACGAAUCUUCAGCCUGGCCUGAGCAACGAAGCUCUGCCCGAGGUGGAGAUGUUCGACGGCGAUGCUUUCGGCAAUGCCGGGGAAAUGCUCGGCGGAGCGGAGGGAAGUGCUGGCGUGGUCCCGGGCGAUGGUACUGCUCAUGCUCACCAGGUGGAAAACAGCAACCUGGGAACGCCAAUGAACCUCGGCGCGGCUGGGAACAACAAUUAUCCCGCUGCUGGAGCAGGUACUGCCACAAUUACACAGGGGGUGCAGCAGCUGGGGGUCGACCCGGUGCAGCAGCAGCAAGGAGCAGCGGCAGGUGCUGGAGGGGUAGUACAACAAAACGGACAACAGCAACUACCAGGACAGAUUCCGCAAGAUGAUGCGGUCGGUAAUGUGAAUGCGCAGCAGCAGCAGCAGCAGCAAUUGCAAGACCCGUCUUUACAACUGAAUCAACACCAACAAGUUCCUGCUGCUAGUGGUUCUCCAGGUUACAACCAGCAACAACCAGACACGUCGGCCUCUCUGCCCGCUGGAGGGGCGCAACAACAGCACCACCAGCAACAUCUCACAGGCCCACCAGGCGUUGCAGCGUCGUUAUCAGCAGGGCAGGAACAGCAGCAAGGGCAGCAGCAGCAACAGCAAGCGACUGCACAGGGCGUGGCGCCUCCGGGAGGUGGUCAGGUACCGCCGGGGGCGGCCCCAGGAGGAGACACUGCGGCGACGGUCGGAUCGACUUCGCAGCAACAGCAGCCAGCGGCCGGGCAGCCGGGGGGACAGCAGCAACAAAACACGGCGGCCGAGGUACUUAUCUUUACUUGUACGUGCGUGUAGUUUAUUUGGUGGCAAGAUUUCUACAGGGGCGAAGAUGAAGCAGGUCGUCUUGUUUCGGCAUUCUUGCGAUUUCAAGUUUUGGAACAAAGCAAAUAUGUAUAUGAAGAACAUACUUACAAAAAAAUCAACAUUUGCCAUUCUCCUUUGUACAUCCGAUUUAUCAACCUCAAAUAAUCACAUUCACAGCCGCAGCCUCACCAAAACAACAAGCAGCAUCCUGCGCCUGCUUCCACUAGAGUAGCCCCUCCGGCGCACAACCACGCGAGAUCACAGCAGGGCCCGAAUACGUCGAAAGCAGCGGCCGGCAGAGGUGCGACGGCGACCGCGACCCCCUCCGUGAAGAAAGUCGACGCAUUGAGUUCAGAGGUUUUUUUGGAUAAACUCAAGUACGCAGUUAUCCACAGUAAAUUUCCCGUACACGUACAAAUGCAGUCUCUGCAUGACAAAACUUGCCUUCAAUCCUAGUCUAGCAUGACAAGUUGUACACUGCAAGUUAGCGGAAUUUGUCAUGCAUUUUGUACAUGUGCGGGAAAUUUACAUUGCAUAGCAGUGCCAGUCUACGCAAAGUGGUUCGCGACGGAAUUGGAAUUCUACGCCAGUUAUCAAAUGCAAAAAUGUCUGGGUCUGGACGAAUGCAGACUUGUCAUGCAUAUUUUACAUGCCCCAUGAGGUCUGGAAUGCGGGACCUAGCAUGACAAAUUCUGCGAAGUCUCUAUCAUGCCUACCCGGCAUGAGAAGUUCCCGCUCGUGUUGGUUAAAAAAGGACAACUUUUGCUGAUCACGCAACACAGAUUUUUGUGUGACCCACAGGACGCAUCACAAGUCCCAUCCUCCCAGACCCAGACACUUUUGCAGUUGAUACCAGUCUGCAGACCGUGAAGCUGUCCGCGUUUUUCUACGAGCACCCCCCGGUGGCGGUGUUUUACCUGGCAGUGCUUUUUCUCUGGUUCAACUUUUGGUUCCUGAACGGAUGCUCGUGGUUUGGCGGAGGGAACAGCAGCGAGAACGUCGUCGUGCAGGUGGUGCAGCAGGUACUAGAACUAGUUGAUGGACAGAGUUGAUGAUUUGCUAGAUGAUGAUUUUCUUUCGUUGCGUCUUUGUUACAUUUCGGAGUCGAAGUAGAAUUUGAGCGAAUGAUGUAUGUAGACAUUUCCAUUUUUUGAAAUACUUUGCUCGUAACCUUGUAAAUCAAACAGUCCGUAGUACAUGAGAAGAAGAUGUCAACAUGAUCGACGGAACAUUUGUCGUGCAUACUUGAAAUUCUCAUCUUCUACCUCACGGAAACAGCCUGCCGCCGGAGCCGGAGGUACAACCACCAGACCACGGGGCGCGCGCGCGAAGCCAACCACUACUUCCGCGGACAACGCUUCUACUUCCCAAAUAUCCAUUGCAAAUGUGAUGUUCUUUGGGUCUGGAAAGGUGAAUCAUGCAAGAUUUCUUGCAUUUGUCUUGCUUAUUUGGCCUGACUUUCAACCGUGUCAUGCUAGAUGGGGAGUCUUUCCCGUUGUUUGUCAUCUCAUGGGAAUAAAACGCGAUUCGUAAAACUUUGUCAUGGACAAUACGCAGCAAAUGAUGGGCCCCCGCGUCACCAAAACUUCUCAUGCUUGGCUGCGCGUGAGGAAAACAAAGCGGUUCCUAUGGAGUUCUUUCCUCCAGCCGAGCAGGAUAAAAACCCUUUCCAGAGGACCCAGAAACAACAUUUUUUCAUUUUGAUACCAAGAUUCGGCGGCGCAGGCCGCAGUGUUAGCCGCGAGCAACCGGGACGUGGAGACCCUGAAGUCGCAGAACUCCCUGCUCCAGCAGCAGUUGAACCAGAUGGAGCAGCGCUACAAGCAGCUGUUGCAGCAGGUGGAGCUGUGCCACGAGAAGCAGGCGCAGGCGGAGCAGAUGAUACACAAGGGCAACAAGCGGGACGAGAUGAUCUACGGGUCGCUGACCGACAUGGUGUCCGACCUGCAGCUGAAAACCCAGGAGGCCAUGAUAUGCACUGCAAAAGCAUCGUACGUAGUAAAAAUCGCAAUACAAAUUGGCUCAGCAUUUUUACAAAUUGAAUUUGUAAUGCGGAUUUACCUAACCAACUAGAUUUGUAAUGCAUGACAGCGAUUUUUACUACGAGCGCGAUACUUUUGCAGUGCAUACAUGAACCUGAUCGCCGACUUUCACCAGCAGCAGGCGGACGGGGCGUCGAAUGUCAUCGUCAACGGAAGUAUGAGACGAGAAAAAGACUAUACUGAUUCAUUCUAGAAACGCUGCGAAACUCUCUUAAACAAGCUCCAGCACAGGACGUUCUUGUUUGUACAGUUGUUAUACAUGCCGAUUUCCACGUAACAGAAACGAAUUUCUUGUCGUGAAGACCGUCACUGCAGCUCUUAGAUUCUAGAAAACAGUACCUUCUACUUCUCUAGCAUAAAUAGCGGCGGCAUGGGAAAAAACACACAGUCGAAGCAGUCAAUAAAGUCGGUAACGAGCAGCACGUCAUCGCAGAGUAACGCGAAGUAG